AUGAUAUACGAUGUCAAUUCUCCUCUCUUUCGCUCAUUCCUUAGCCAGAAGGGCAACUCCACUGACAAAAGAAAAAUGGAGGAGCAGAAGUGUAAGGAACAGAGACCUAAAGCAAGUGAGAAUAAGCCAGUCAUGACAGAGUAAUUGGUAU